AUAAUACGAUUCAUUACACAUAACAAAUAACUAUGACACGAGAGUUGUAUAUCCUCCAUGAAAUAAAAUUGUUUUCAGUAUUUAAGUAAUAAAGGAUAAGUGUCAGUGAAUAUUUAAUAAAAAGGAACAGCCUUUAGGCUGAAACAAUAAUCCACCAAAAGAUGAGGGAGGCCGGAAUAAUGUUAAUAAGUACAGCACUGACAUGUGCUGUAAUAGGCAACGCUUAUUAUCAAAGAAAACAGUUUUAUCCAACAGUAGUUCACAUAACCAAAUCCAACCCUAGUAUGACUGUAAUCUAUACACAAGGUUUAAUUCUAGUAUUUAUGAUAAAUGCUUUUCUUCGAAAGAUAUUUUUUGGUACUCUGCGUGCUGCUGAACUUGAGCACUUAUUGGAAAAAGUAUGGUAUGCAGUGACUGAAACUUGUCUAGCAUUUACAGUGUUUAGAGAUGAUUUUAGUCCAAAAUUUAUAGCACUAUUUACACUUCUUUUAUUUUUGAAAUCAUUUCAUUGGCUAGCAGAAGAUCGUGUUGAUUAUAUGGAAAGAAGCCCAGUAAUAACCUGGUUGUUCCAUCUUCGAGUUCGCACUCUAUUGGCACUUUUAUUUGUUACAAAUUUAACUAUGAUUCAUUAUGCAUAUAAUACAACAGCUACAAAAGGUCCUUCAGUGCAACUUGUAUUUGGUUUUGAAUAUGCUAUUCUUUUAACUGUUGUAUUCAACAUUACUGUAAAGUACAUAUUGCAUAUAAUAGAUCUGCAAAGUGAAAACCCUUGGGACAAUAAGCCAGUAUAUUUAUUAUAUACAGAAUUAAUAACUGGACUAUUAAAGGUUAUUUUGUAUGUUGCUUUUGUCACACUGAUGGUUAAAUUAUAUACUUUACCUUUGUUUGCACUUCGUGCAAUGUAUUAUACAAUGAGAGAUUUUAAAAAAGCUUUCCAUGAUAUUGUAAUGUCUCGCCGUGCUAUUAGAAAUAUGAAUACAUUAUAUCCAGAUGCAACACCAGAGGAACUAGCUGCUGCUGAUAAUGUGUGCAUCAUAUGCAGAGAGGAAAUGGUAGCAGCAAGUAAAAAAUUACCAUGCAAUCAUAUAUUUCAUACUGCCUGCCUUCGUUCUUGGUUUCAACGUCAACAAACCUGUCCCACUUGUCGCCUAAACAUUUUAAGACCUGUUAACAAUAAUCAAGGAAAUAGACAACAAAAUCCACCACAGGCAGGACCACAAAUACGUCCAGCUCUUCAAGUUCUACCAGCAGUUUGGGCCGGAAUGCAAGCUCCGGGAGUUCCGCCACCAUUACAACAACAACAGCAACAACAACAACCACAAGGUUCAGGUGCUGCGAUGCCGCAACAGCAAGGACAAAAUAGUGCUUCGAAUACUGCAUCAACAUCAUUUCAAAAUUUGGCUGCCAGUGGUGUACCAUUGUUUCCACCACCAUUUCCUACAAUGGUACCGUUACCUCCUAUUCCCACACCGCCACCGAAUCUUACAGAAUUGAGCGAAGAAGAACUUAGGGCAAUGGAGGGUAAUUUGCGACAAGCCGUCGAAGCUAGAAUACAAACAUUACAAAGAGUUCAGCUUCUACUAGAUGCUGCUAAUGCUAUGAUGAACCAAUAUCAAACAGCAGCUUCUACUGCUAACAUUCCCGUGCCAACUGCAACGAGUAGUACGAAUGUUACAACGGACAUUUCUUCAAUGGCAAAGCAGGGAACGUCGAAAAGUGCAAAUCCUGAAGUAGAUAAUGAACAAACGCAAGUUAAAACUGAGACGAAUGUUCCUACUGCAAAUUCUUCCAGUGAUAAUGUGAAUACAUUAUCAGGCACAAAUGGUAAUGAUGCAACUCCAGAAUCAUCAAUUACAGAAUCUUCAAGUGAACAAGAGAUGCUACGAAGACGUAGGUUACAAAAAUUUUCAGCUCAACUUACAGCAGAGUAAAUGUUCUUAAAAUUAUCUGAUAAUUUGUGUAAUAUAAUUUUACCUUGAUUAAUA